AUGGUUCCCAUGAAGCCUUCCAUAGUCUUCCUCGGCCUGCUGCCGCUGGCAGUAUUCGCACAGACAAAUGACACCUUGGGACUUGGCAACGGCUUCAUAACUCUCAACACCACCAACUUCAAUGCCAAAAUCGUUCGUGAUUCUCAGGUUCUUGCUUCUCUCAAGCCGAACGGCGACAUCUUUGACUUUCUGCCAUUCGACUAUAUCGGAAGAAGAGCCAGGAAUGGACAAUACCAUUGGGGUGAUGUUACCUUCCGCUAUCGAGUUGAGGGCGAGACGGCCUGGAUAGAUGGGGAUUCGGCAGCCCAGCGCCAUCCUGUUGCCAGUGUAGAGUCACCACCAUUACAGAACACGCUCGCCUCGUCCAAUCUCGCCCCGACCCUACCCAACAGUCCCUUGAAUAUCACCAGACAGUGGAUAGAAGUGGACGGUGAUCUCGGCCUUCGUUUCAUUAUCGAGAAUGCGGGAUCUUCCAGGAUCGAGCUGGGAAGCUUGGGCUUCCCUGCAGAAUUCAAUAGUAUAUUCACCGAUCGCCAUGCCGUCGAUAUGCAGCGCCUAUGCUCACUCUCGGACCCCUAUAUUGGCAUGGACGCUGGCCAGAUUAGGGUUGGCCCGGUGAGCGGUAGCGGAGCGGCACUCGUAGUCACUGCUCUGGGUUCCACUCCAAUGGAGGCAUAUCGCAACCUGCAGGAAGGUGGUUAUGAAGGCACUUGGUAUGGAAGCCAGACGUUUGAGGGGUUUUAUGAAUGGCAGACGCUCUCCAGAGCAUGGGCGGAGAACGAGUGGCGCAACACAAAGCCUUGGAACCCUGCAUCUUCCCGGAGCAUUGACCCAGGAGAAACUGUGCAGUUUGGCCUGCGCUUCUCUGUUGCCAAGGAAGGCGUCAGGGGAAUUGAUGCUGCCGUAAGGGCGAACGGAAUCCCGAUUGCUGUGGGCGUUCCUGGCUUCAUCGUGUCUUCAGGAGAGCCUGCGAAACUGUUUUUAGACUCCAAGGUCGAGGUGACGUCCAUUACUUCUGAUCCAGCCGGUAUGCUUCAGGCAGUCCAAGACUCGCCGAGAAAAUACACCAUAACCCCAUCAAGAACUGCCUGGGGCCGGGUGCGCUUAGACGUGCGAUACGCCGAUGGGAGGAUCCAGACUGUUCACUACUACGUCACCAAGGAAUCCACCCAGGCCGUUGCAGAUCUCGGGCGUUUUCUCACCACGGAACAAUACUACACGGACAAAUCCGAUCCUUUUGGCAGAGCGCCCUCCGUUAUGACUUUUGACUACGAGGCAAGGUCGAUAGUGGAACAGGACUCACGCGCGUGGGUAGCUGGCCUCAGUGAUGAAGCUGGCGCCGGCUCGUAUCUGUCUGCAUUUAUGAAACAAAGCAUACAGCCGAACGCAGAAGAGGUGGCCAAGCUCGAAGCGUUUGUGGAUGGUGUCCUAUGGAAAUCCAUUCAAAGAAGUGACUAUGGAGUCAAGAAGAGCAUAUUCUUUUAUGAGCCCGCGUUGGUGCCGGGCUACACAUACAGCCCCAGUCUGGAUUGGACAUCAUGGACUAGCUGGAACAAGGCCGGGGCUGAUGACAUUGGGCGAGGCUACAACUAUGUUCACGUCGCUGCUGCAUACUGGUCCUUGUACCGCGUUGCUCGUGGUUAUCCCGACCUUACCAAGGCGCAUGCUUGGGACUGGUAUUUGGACCAGGCUUACCAAACAACGAUCAGGAUAAUGAAGAACGAUGUCUUUUAUAGUGAUGUUGGUCUCAUGGGAGAAACUGUCUUUGGAGAGAUCCUGACCGAUCUUGGACGCGAGGGACAAGCAGACAAGGCAGACGCUUUAUCUGCAGCGAUGAAGCAGCGAGCUGCACACUGGGAUACUUUACAAGUUCCUUUUGGCUCAGAGAUGGCUUGGGACUCCACCGGACAAGAGGGUGUCUACUAUUGGGCCAAGGAAUUCGGCUUCUCCAAUACCGUAGCAAAGGCUCUCGACAGUGUGCUGGGUUAUACGCAUAACAUACCGCAUUGGGGCUACAAUGGCAACUCUCGCAGAUACUGGGAUAACAUAUACGGUGGUAAACUGCGCAGGAUAGAACGCCAGAUACACCACUAUGGCAGUGGUUUGAACGCUCUUGUUCUUCUGUCUGCCUUCCGCUCGAACCCGAACGACACAUACUUACUACGCACCGGCUACGGAGGCACGACUGGGCCCCUUUCCAACAUCAACCAAGACGGCUUCGCGGCGGCGUCGUUUCAUUCGUGGCCGGACACACUCAAAUGGGACGGUAUCAGCGGUGACUAUGGCUCUGGCUUCCUGGGUCUAGCCCUCGGUUCGGGCACCUAUCUAGUGGAAGACCCAGAGCUUGGCCUUGUUGCUUUCGGCGGUGUGCUGGAGGGAACAAAGGUGAGAACUAAUGAUGCUGUGCGUCGCAAGGUUUUCAUUGGACCUUUGAACCUAUUGAUAUCUGUAGAUGCGGGGAUCAUCCAAGACUUCAGCUAUGCUACGGGUAGUCAGAGUGUUUCAUUGACGGUAGCUCAACUCGACUGGGUACCCAGAGCCCCAAGCGCUAUUGUUUGGGUCGAAUCUCCAUCGGGGUCAUCAUCGUUCAGUGUCAAGACCUCUGGGUUUGCACAGGUUCGCGGGGGUUGGCAGGUGCCAUUGACGACCGAGAGUGUAACGGUUGAGGUUGGACCGGCUUGA